AUGGUUAUACUGGCAGUGACCAACAGCACCCAACUUCCAAUGGACGUGGUAAAACGAGGGCAGAUCCAUCUGAAUAAACUGUCUCCCCACCAAGUGCCGAGCUCGAUGGACCUGUCUGAGCCUGAUGGGCCGCAGUCUCCGAAGAAACAUGUCCCGAGUCAGCUCAGCCCUGCAUGUGUCGCAGUAUAUUCUCGUGUUGCAAGAGUUUGUAAAUAUGAUAGAGGUGGGCCACACCGCUUUCGUAAUAGAUGGACAUCUUUUUUAAAAUCUCGUCUUAAUUGUUCUCUGACUGGAGAUUUUCCAUUUUACUUCAAUGAAAUACAAUCAACAACAGAGCUAAUAACAGGCACUUACGGUGGUGUCGGGGCUCAACUUAUCUACGGCACUUUUACAACACCUGUUAACAGUAUAAGUGGAUCAGCAGUGUGCGCUUUUUCGCUUCAAGAUAUAAGUGAUACAUUUGAAGGUAACUUCAAAGAGCAGAGUGCCUUGAAUUCUAACUGGUUGCCAGUCCCUAGUUCUAAGGUACCAGAUCCUAGGCCUGGUCAGUGUGCCAACGAUUCACGUACACUGCCUGAUCUGACUCUUAAUUUCAUCAAAAGUCAUUCAUUAAUGGACAAAUCUGUCAGAAGUUUCUUUGGACAGCCCAUCGUCGUUCGCACAAGUUUCCAUUACAGAUUUACUCAAAUCACAGUCGAUCCUCAAGUUAAAACACCUGGAGGCAAAGCUUACGAUGUAUUGUUUAUCGGUACAGACAAUGGAAAGGUAAUUAAAGCUAUCAACGCAGAGUCAGCAGACUCCCGAGAUAAGGUCAUCCCAGUAGUAAUAGAAGAAAUACAAGCUUUUCCUACGUCAGUGCCUGUCCGUGGAAUAAAAGUUGUUAGGGCUGCCCAAGCUGGUGAUGGUCUUGAAGAUGGCCGGCUCGUUGUAAUUGCUGACAGCCAAGUACAGGCACUAAGGUUACAUCGCUGUUAUAGUGAUAGGAUACUUUCGUGUGGUGAAUGUGUGGCUCUACAAGAUCCAUAUUGUGCAUGGGAUCGUGUAGAUGGAAAAUGCCGUGCUUUGGUUGGUCCAGCUUCAACAGAUGCAAAUAGAUUUUUGCAAAGUGUUACGACUGGACUUCAUUCUUCUUGCCCAUCUGGAAAAAUUCUAAAUAAAGAUGCAAGUAGUAUUGGAGCAAUAUCAGCAAAUCAAAAUAAAUUUCCUCAGAAUCCCAUGGCUACCAAUAAAGAUGGUCAAGGAGGGGAAAUAAUUAACAUCAUGCAAGAUGAAGAGCAAAGUAAUUCUGGACCAGAAGUUUCAGCAGCAGACUCUCCACUUCCACAAUAUUCUGUAGAAACCUUAGUAAUAGCGGUAGUAGCUGGAGCUUUGGCAGCUCUUUUUGUUGGCUUUAUGGCUGGUUACCUUUGUGGAAGGAAGUGCAAAAAAGAUGAAGAUGAAAAUUUGCCUUAUCCUGAUACAGAGUAUGAGUAUUUUGAACAACGGCAAAACGUCAAUAGUCGUCUAGCUCCAGAGCCAAAGCUUUUGCCACAGGAGGAAGUGACUUAUGCGGAGCCUGUCUUAGUUCCCCAGCCACCAAAACUGCAUUCACCAAAGGGCACGAUGCGCAAGCCACCGCCCACACCUGCAGAGACUUUAUUUCAGUUUCCAGACGGCUACGGUUACCGUGGUCCUAGCACCAGAUCAGACAACUUUGGAACACUCCGUAGUCAUCAGGGUGAUCCCAAUGCUUAUCGACGUAAUGAUGGAUUUGCAACAACGCGUAGCGUUAAAAAAGUCUAUCUCUGAGAAACGAAUGAGGAGGGUGGCUGUAACGCUGCAGUGGCCGCUGCACAGGUAGCUGGUCGGCAUCGUAGCUUAGGCAGGCCAAUCCGAGGUCAGCACCGGCAGCAGCAGCAACAGCACCAGCAGCAGCAGCCAGGCACAACCUUAAGGAGUAAUAUGAGUGGUAGCAACAGUAACGGAAAAUCGACUCAAAGGUCAGCUGGUCACCAGCCUGGUCAUAAUCAGGCACGCUCUACUCGUGAUUUAGCUCAAGGUGUCAGCCAUGGUAUCGAGUCGCCAUCACCGUCAUCAAGCAUUUCAUCAAGCUCACCGUCACCACCCUCCUCCUCGCCGUCACCGACACUAAUGCAACUUGGGAGUAGUAGUCAAGGGGCUCAGGGAAGUAGCAGCAUGGUUCAAGGAGAGAAUGAGUCACCA